AUGUCGUCGGCACAACAACAACUCAGUUUCACACCUCACUAUCAAAUCACAACAGUCGUUGGUAAUGGAGAAAGUAAUUUUGCUGGAGAUGGCUCGAGCUCCCUAUUGGCAAGUUUAAAUACUCCAAGAGACUUGUUCCUUCAAGAAACUGCACCGAACACGCAUAUGUUGUAUAUUGCAGAUACCAACAAUUAUGUUAUACGAACAGCCAUUGUGAAUUCGACCAUUGAAACAAUCGCUGGUAUUGGAAGAUCGGACGGGUUUUCGGGCGAUGGAUCAUUGGCGACCAAUGCCAAGCUCAAAUCUCCAACUUCUGUAACAGUAUUCAAAGGUGAUGUGUACAUUUGUGAUUCACUGAAUAAUAGAAUUAGAAAAGUAUCGUCCUCGACUGGAUUUAUUUCUACCAUCGCUGGUAAUGGUGUGAAGGCCUCCACUGGUGAUGGAUUGCAAGCUCGAUUAGCAAGUCUAAGUCUUCCAAAAUAUAUUUUCUUUAAUGCUGCUGGCGAUUUGUUUAUUUCAGAAUAUGAAUCAGAUAACAUUCGAAAAGUACAUGGAACGACAGGUGUGAUUAGUACCAUUAACAAGGAUACUUUUGACAAACCACAAGGAAUGUAUAUCACUUCCAAUAAUGAUAUCUAUGUUGCAGAUAGUGGAAAUCAUCGAAUUAGAAAAAUUCUUCCCAAUGGAAAUGUUGUGAAUAUUGCAGGAAAUUCGAAAAGUGGAUACUCUGGGGAUGGACUUGUAGCAACGUCUUCCAGUCUAAAUACCCCACGAGGAGUUUUUGUAAGCUCACUUGGGGAAGUAUUUAUUGCAGAUACAGCCAACAAUAGAAUUAGGAAAGUUACAAACAAUGGAUUCCUUGUGAACAUUGUUGGAAAUGGAAAUCAAGGAAAAUCAAUGGAUGGCCCUGUGACAUCUAAUUUUAUGAUUGCUCAACCCGAGGCAGUAAUCGUUGCUUCAAAUGGAGAUGUUUAUUUUACAGAUACAAACAACCACCUUGUAAGACGAAUUUCCUGCCAAGACGGUUAUGUUGGAAGUCAAUGUGAAAUACCCAUUUGCUUCAAUGUUUUAGGAAAUGAUACCAUGAAUGUUUGUAAUGGACAAGGACUUUGUAACUCUCCUGACCAAUGUGAAUGCAAUGGAAAUUACACAGGACGUACUUGCAAUAUUAGUGUGUGUUAUGGAAUUGCUUCAAAUGUCGAUUCUGUAUGCAAUGGGCAUGGGCUUUGUGUAGCUCCUAACCAGUGUAGGUGCAAUGAAAAUUAUAUUGGACCAAAUUGCUCGACUCCAAUAUGUUUCGGCAAGUCCAUACUAGGUUCAUCAUUACCAUGCAGUGGUCAUGGUGCUUGUAACUUUCCAAAUGAGUGUACUUGCUCAUCUAAUUUUGUUGGAAGAGAAUGUGAAUAUCCUAUUUGCUAUGGCUUUCCAUCCAAUGACACGGUCAAAAGUUGCAGUGGAAAUGGUGUAUGCGUUGAUUUCAAUAAUUGUUCAUGUUUGGAACAGAAAUAUUCAGGCCCUAACUGUGAGAUUCCUAUUUGUUUUGGACAAAUGAAAGAGAAUGCUUGUUCUCGACAUGGUACUUGUAUCAAACCUAAUGUUUGUGAGUGUGAAAAUUCUUAUACUGGAUUGAGCUGUGAGAUACCCAUUUGCUUUGGCCUUCCUCAAAAUCAUUCUCAGGCCUGUGGAGGAAAUGGUUUUUGUUCAAAGAAAGACACUUGUUCGUGUCAUGAGGGUUACAAGGGCGAACAAUGUAAAACUGCAAUAUGUAAUGGAUAUGGAGCUGAUGACACCAAGCGAGUGUGUAAUGGCUUGGGAGUGUGUAUCGCUCCUAAUUUGUGUCAAUGUACAACAGGGUUCGCAGGUAAUAACUGUGAGACAUCUAUUCAACUUGUCAUAAUUUUAGCAGCAGUGCUUGGUCCCAUUUUGCUUGUCAUUGUCUGUGCACUGAUUGUUGUUCUUUUCAUAUCAGCAACCAUGGCUAGAAGAUUAUUAAACAAGCGAAGGGCAGAAAGAGAAUAUGCAAAAAAGUUGUUAGAAGGAGAAAUUGCCCUUACAGACUCAUUGAUUGACUUUGAAAAUUAUAGACCAUCAGAGUCGUAUAUCAUUCCAAUCGAAGAUGUAAAAUUGAUUGCUCAACUUGGUGAAGGUUCAUAUGCCAAAGUAUUUAGAGGUAUUUGGAACAAGACGCCAGUUGCAGUUAAAGUAAUUACUCUUGAUAUAUUAGAAACGGACGAAGAAGAUUUUAAAAAAGAAGUUCGAGUCAUGAAUUCACUUUCUCAUCCCAACAUCGUUGCGUUUUAUGGCUUGAGCAUGUGUGAAAGAGAACGGAGAUUAAUUGUUGAGCUUGUUGAUGGAGGAAACUUACAAAAUUUCAUUUAUAAUUUGAAAAUUGGAAAUAUGAAGGCCAAUUUUGGAAGGAAAAUUAAGAUUUUACUGGAUGUUGCUAAUGGAUUAACUUACUUGCACCAAAGAAAUCCUGCUGUGGUACAUAGAGACUUAAAGCCUGCAAAUAUUUUAAUGAUGACAAGCUCGAGCGGUUGCUGUAAGAUUUGCGACUUUGGGCUUUCAAAAUUUGGCCAAUUAAGCUUGGGUACUGUAAGAAUAGGGACAUUCUUUUAUAUGGCAGAAAUUAUUGCACCAAAAUCUAACGCGAUAAAUAUGAAAAUUCCAACCGUUUCUCGCCAUUCAUCUCCAACAACGGAAGCUGUUUUCACAGAAAAUGAAGGUUUCCAAUUAGACCAAGUGAUUGACGAAGCUGCAUUGUUUGAAGAUGAAGCAAUCUAUGGCCCACCUGUUGACAUUUAUUCAUUGAUGUGUUGGAAACAAAAUCCAGAUGAAAGACCUUCUGCCUCGCAAGUUGCAAAGACUCUUAACCAAAUUUUAGAAGAUUAUGAAAAUUGUGUAAAUAUGAGGUGA